AUGCAAUCUUCAACUUCUCGCAUUGUUCAAAACUGUGUUCUUGUUUGGUUAGACCCAGAUAUUAACAAACUAGAUAAUGCCUAUCAGAAUCCAAUAAAUGAGUUCCAACAUAUUGUUACACCACAUACAUUCGUCGAUGUCGAAGAAUGUGUCGAUUUUAUCACUGAAAUCAAACACGAAAAAGUAUUCUUGAUAACAACGAUUGUCCUUGGUAAACAACUAGUUUCUAACAUUCAUAAUUUACCGCAAAUUGAUUCUAUUUAUAUAUUUUGUAACACUGAAUCAACCCAGCAACAAUGGGUUAACGACUGGUAUAAAGUAAAAGGUGUUUUUACUGAUCUACAAUUAAUUUGUGCAACAUUAAAACAACAUAUGAUUCAAUGUGAUCGUAACCUUAUUCCAAUUAGCUUUUUAUCAAAAGAUCAAGAAUCGUUAAGUCAAAAUCUGGACCAACUUGAUUCGUCUUUUAUGUAUACUGUAUUACUGAAAGAAAUUUUAAUAAAAUUAGAUUAUAAACCAGAAGCUAUUCAAGAAUUGACUCGUUUUUGUCGUCAAAAUUACGAUGGCAAUGGUUCAUAUUUACAAAUUAUCGAUAAAUUUGAGCAAGAAUAUACAAAACAUAGUCCUAUAUGGUGGUAUACUUAUACGAAUCUUGCUUGUCAAAUGCUUAAUCAUGCUUUACGUACUUUAAAUGUUAAUACAAUUGUUACCAUGGGUGUUUUUAUUCAACAUCUUCAUAAAAAUAUUGAAGAAAUUCAUUCAAAACAGAUUACAACAAUAAAAGAAGCUUUUAUUGUAUAUCGCGGACAAAGUAUGUCGAAAACUGAUUUUAAUAAAAUGAAGAAUUCAAAAGGUGGACUAAUAUCAUUUAACAAUUUCUUAUCGACAAGUAAAAAUAGAACUAUUUCCUUAUUUUUCGCAGAAGCUUCUCUUCAGAAUGACGAAUCAAUACGUAUUCUUUUUCAAAUGACAAUUGAUCCAUCAAUCUCAACGACUCCAUUUGUAUCUAUUAAUGAAGAAGGAUAUUACAAUAAUGCUGAAGAAGAAAUUCUAUUUUCUAUGCAUACAGUUUUUCGAAUUGAUGCCAUAAAACUACUUGAAUGUCAGAUUUGGCAGGUAGAUCUUAUUUUAACAGCUGAUAAUGAUCCACAGUUGAAUAUUCUUACCGAAUAUAUGCGAAAUGAAACAAGUGAUCAGCCAGAUUGGCAGAGACUUACUCGCUUGAUGAUUAGAACAGCAAAUUUUGAUAAAGCCGAAGAACUUUGUAACUUUCUACUUCAACAUACAUCAGAAGAAAACUAUGAAGAUUGUACUCGUAUUCACACACAAAUUGGAUAUAUCAAACAACAUAAAGGUCAAUAUGAUCAAGCAAUAGAAAAUUAUGAAAAGACAUUAACAAUUCAAAAUCAAUACCUUUCUCCUAAACUUUUUACAUUUACGGCUACAUACAGUAACCUUGGUUCAGUCUAUGAAGACAUGGGUGAAUAUGAAAAAGCAAUAGCAUUUUAUCAGAAAUCAAUUGAUCUUGCUGAAACGUGUUCAGAAUUGCAUCGUCCUGAUCUUGCAUUUUUCUAUAAUAAUAUUGCUUCUACAGGGUGUUAA